AGUCCUACAAAUGAAUAGUUGGGUGCACGACUCUUGAAUCUGAGCCACAUGUCAGCGAAGUCGGAAAAGAAGAUGUCGACGUCAGCGAAGAAAGAUAGGAAGGCGUCAAUAUCAGAGAACAAAGAGAAGAAGGAGAAGAAAGUGUCAAUCUCCGAAAAUAAAGAGAAGAAAGAGCCGAAGAAGGUGUCGAUAAUGGAGCCACCUCCCCGCGUUAAGCCUCCAGUGGACACUAUAUCCCCCCUCCCUGUAUCAUCUCGUAUCUCCGUUAUAGCUCCUCCUAAAUUUCAACGAAAGUCUGUGAUCACCGGAGAUGUCGUCAAGGACUUAAUGAAGGCUACUAAAGCUAGCCGGGAUAUUAAGCGACAACAGAUUGACGCUCGACAUGGAUGGUUAUUUGAUAAGAUAGCUGAUUACUGUGACUUACCUCAAGAUGUUGUUGAAGACCAAAUCUUAGAUUCAGAUUUCACACUAUUCGAGAACUUCUUCAAAGAGAACGGAUCACGAGUUUUGUUGGUGUUCCAAACGCACGACAGGGACGCUGAUGGGAAGGAGAAAAAGGGCUCCCAGAAGCUGUUGGUUACUAGCGGAGAAGAUGUCAAACUUGUUGGAACUUGUACUUACUUCUUCAGAAUUACCAAUGAUAAGGAGGUUAUCGACAAAUUCAUGGACCGAGACGUGUUCUUCGGAACAGUAGAGUCCCCCGACGGAGAUCUUCUGACAGCAGUCAGGACCAUGUUGGACAGUUUAGUUAUCCCACUCUUGCUAAAAAAUAAAGACUGGGGUAAGCUCUCUAAUAACGGGAGCGGUGCUAUUGUCGGAAACUUUAUUACCGGGUUGGAAGAUUUCUCUAAACUUCUAGAAUCUGCCAAAGCCAAUCUGUCAGAAACUUUCAUUUCUAGUGUUAAACUGAAGAUGCCAGAUGAUCUCCCUAUCCAGGGAUUAACAACUCCUCAACAAUACCAGAAUACAGCUGGUAACUUUGACCUGGUGACCCAACUUGAGGGAAUAGUAGCCAGUUGGUGCAAGCAGAUAGAGCAGGUCCUAGCUCAGUCCGAACAAAUGAGAAAAGAAGCUGAUGAUACUGGACCCAACUCAGAGCUUGUCUACUGGAAGGAAAGGAUGGCCAGUUUCAAUGCAUUGCUCGACCAAAUCAAGUCACAACCGUGCAAAACUACAAUUGGAAUCCUGUUUGCUGCCAAGAGUAAGAUAAUCAAACACUGGAAGACACUGGAUGCCCGGAUAACGGACGCAGCAAACGAGGCUAAGGACAACGUCAAGUACCUGUACACGCUGAUGAAAUUCUGUAAACCUUUGAAGAGGUGUAGCCCUGUGGAGAUGCUGGACUGUAUUCCCGGUCUGAUCAACGCUAUCAGGAUGAUCAACUCCAUAUCUCGCUACUACAACACCUCCGAGAGAAUGACUAGUCUUUUCGUCAAAGUCACAAAUCAGAUGGUGUCUGCGUGUAAGAACUACAUCCUGAAAGAUGUGAGCAAGGUAUGGGAACUUCCCAGAGACCAAGCCCUGCAGCGUAUAGGAGACUGCCUCAAUCUCAACUUGGAGUACCAGGCAUGUUUCAGAAGAACCAAAGAAAAGCUGAAGGAGAGUCCAAGUGACAAACAGUUUGAUUUCAGUGAAAAGUACAUUUUCGGAAAGUUUGAGAUCUUUGCUCGCCGCAUGGAGAAGGUGCAAGACAUGCUUCUUACGAUGGAUAGAUUCAGCAUCCUUGCUGUCUCUAAGAUCGAAGGAAUGGAAUCUCAUAAUAAGCAAUGGACUUCGGUCGUUGGAAUGGCCAAGAAGAAGAACUAUGAUAUAUUGGAUCACAGAAGACAAGAAUUUGAGACUGAUUACGAUGACUUCCUGCGAGCUGUAGAAUUGAUACAGACCAAACUUCAAAAGCACAUGGAGAAGUGUGUCGAGGGACAAACAAGUACUUGGAAGUCAUUGCUGAUGUUAAAGAAGUUUGAAGAUAUGCCUCAACUUCAAUUGGACCUUGAGGAGAAAUGGUUCAAGUGCCUCAUCUCCUAUGGAAAGGAUCUAGAGAAUAUCAGAAAGCAGUACCAGAAGGUGAAAGAUAACCCUCCAAUCCCCCGAAACAUGCCUCCUAUUUCCGGUAGAAUAGCGUGGGCUAGACAGCUCUAUGAAGUUAUUGACAAACCCAUGCAGCUUCUCGGUACUCAACGAGGAAUAGUUAACACCGCUGAGGGAAGGAAGAUUGUCAAGAACUUCAACAGAAUGGCGGCUGUGCUUGUUGAGUUUGAGGUCCUAUACCACCAAGGUUGGACCCAGGCUGUGGAGAAGGCAAUUACAGGACUCAAAUCAUCUCUGUUGGUUGAACAUCCUGAGACACAGAAACUGUACGUCAAUAUGGACCCCCACGUGUGGGAACUACUCAGAGAAACUAGGAUUAUGAUCCUCAUGGAACUUGAUGUUCCUGCUGCUGCCAAGUCUCUACGAGUCAACAUCUACACCAUGAAACACAACUGGACACGACUUGAGUCCAUCUUGGCAGACUACGACUCACUCAUCAAAUGUAUUCCCAAGAUCUUCCUGAGAGCGAUGGGACCGAUUAUAUCCAGAGUGGACGAGGCCAUCAAACCUGGCAAAUCUAUCAUGUCGUGGACCUCCAUGAAUCUUGACAGCUACACAAAGAACAUUUAUGUUGAGCUGAACAACCUGGAGAAAGUGAUGAGAAGAGUACGUGAUAUGCACGAUGUUCAGCUGGAAAACGUCCUGGCAUCUAUCUCUGCAUCUCCUCUGGUGGAAAUUCCUCAAGAUGAUGUGUACGCUGUGGACGAGUUCCUUGAUAUGUUUGAGAGGGAAACAAAAUCUAAGUGCACCAAACUUGCAAGACAGAUGGAGCUUAUCGAAAUUUCGCUCCACGAUAUCAUACGUUACUUGAAGCAGAAUUACAAUGAAUAUGAGCUGGUCGGUUUGGAAGACCAAUACAAGUGUCUCCGCCCAGAGGGUAAGAAUCAGACCAGAUGUACAGAGUGCCUGCCCUGCUGUGUCUUCAACGUGUAUCAGUACUUCCACAGUCGCUCAACUGAAGCUCUCGUCAAAUGUACCCGGAAUUCUCUGGAUGCCAUCAGGAGAAGGUUUAUCAUCUCAACUGCUAAUCAGUUCAUGAAGUCAUCCCGUGACCAAGUCCAAGAGCCGAAACCACCUCUGUUCAAAGCUGACAUUUGUCUCGCUAUCCCACAAACUGUCAUGAAGCCCAGUCUUGACGACGUUCAAGGGUGCCUCAAUAAGGCCGUCCAAAUGCUCCUACAAGCAUGCCAGACGAUCAAGGACUGGGGCAAGCCAGAUCCUGAAGAUGGUAGACAUAAAAUUUUCUGGAAAGCAAUCAGCGAACACAAAGACAUACAGAAGGUCGUAAUAAUACUGAACACGAUUGUGAACAGUACUAUUGUGGAAGUUAACGCAGCUCUCUCUAGUUUCUCUAACUACAACUACCUCUGGCAAGACAACAAGGACAAGGAACUGGAAGCGUUCCUGAAGAUCGAUCCAACUUUGUCAGAAUUUGAAGCAAAGAUCAGUUACUACGAGAAGGAAGGCGCUGAGAUCGUAGGAAUGAGUUCUGACAAGCAAGUCGGUGCCAUACUUAUGAGAAGUGAACCUCUAAGAGUAGCACUCAAAGCUGAGUGUGACAACUGGAAGAACGUUUACGCAGUAUGCCUCAACCAAAGGGUUAAGACAGACAUGAACGAUCUCAUUGAGUUCAUCAGUGAGAUGUCUAAGAAGCUUGGUCGUAAUAUCACUGAUUUAGACGAUGUCCGAAAUGCCAUGUCAGCCUUGUCCAAAAUGCGUGAGGCUGAAAUCAAGGUAGAUAUGACUAUUGGACCAGUUGAGGAAGCGUAUGCUAUGUUGUCACGUCAUGACUGUCAUGUCAUGAGGGAGGAGGUUGAGAAUGUUGACACCUUGCAAUAUCGUUGGACUAAGGUUCUUUCUCAGUCACAUAAAGUGCAAAACCAUCUUCUUACAAUCCAACCCAACUUCCGUAAGGAUCUCGUCACCAAUAUCACUGUUUACAGAGAUACUGUGGAUGACUUUAUUGGGGAUUACGAUCAGAAAGGACCGAUGGAACUUGGUAUUAGUCCACAGGAAGCAUCUGAGAGGGUCAGCAUCUUCCAAGUUAAGUUUGACGACAUGUGGCAGAAGUAUGAGACAUAUUCUGGAGGUGAAGAGCUGUUCGGCUUGGCUGUCACAGAAUAUCCAGAGCUGCACAAAACCAAACGAGAACUUACUCUGCUUCAGAAACUCUACGGCCUCUACAACGAUGUCAUCAACACAGUUAACGGUUAUUACGACAUCCUCUGGCAUGAGGUUGACAUUGAGCAAAUCAUGAGUGAGCUUGUAGACUUCCAAAAUAAAUGCAGGAAGUUGCCAAAGGGUCUUAAAGACUGGGAAGCAUUCUUGGAUCUGAAGAAAAAGAUCGACGACUUCAAUGAAUGUUGUCCUCUGUUGGAGAUGAUGGCUAACAAGGCUAUGGAGAAGCGCCAUUGGACUCGAAUCGAAGACCUCACCAAAUAUAAGUUUGAUAUCGAAUCCGAGACCUUCCAGUUGAGAGACAUCAUGAAGGCUCCACUGCUUGAAUUCAAAGAAGACAUUGAAGACAUCUGUGUAGCUGCAGUCAAGGAGAGAGAUAUCGAGGGCAAACUCAAACAGGUCAUUGCUGAUUGGAGUACUCAAGAGUUCUCGUUCGGUAUGUUCAAGACUCGCGGCGAACUUCUACUGAAGGGUAAUGAAACCGCUGAGAUCGUCUCGCUGAUGGAAGAUUCUCUUAUGGUCCUAGGAUCGUUACUUAGUAAUCGAUACAAUGCUCCAUUUAAACCUAACAUCCAAAAGUGGGUAGCUAAUCUGACAGGAACAACAGAGAUUAUCGAGCAGUGGCUCCUUGUACAGAAUCUAUGGAUCUACCUAGAGGCUGUGUUUGUUGGCGGUGAUAUUGCCAAGCAGUUGCCCCAAGAGGCAAAACGUUUCGCUAACAUUGACAAAAGUUGGGCUAAGAUCAUGGCCUAUGCUCACGAGAAUCCUAAUGUAGUACAGUGCUGCGUUGGUGACGAGAUGUUGGCUCAACUACUCCCCCAUCUUCUGGAACAGCUUGAGAUCUGUCAGAAGUCUCUUACUGGUUAUCUUGAGAAGAAACGACUGUUGUUCCCCAGGUUCUUCUUCGUUUCCGAUCCUGCACUACUUGAGAUCCUUGGUCAAGCAAGUGAUUCCCACACCAUCCAGAACCAUCUGCUAUCUGUGUUUGAUAACGUUAGGUAUGUCACAUUCGACGAGAAGGUUUAUGAUAAGAUCCUGGAGAUCAUAUCACAAGAGGGUGAGAGGGUGGACCUUGUCUCCUCUGUCAUGGCUUCAGGUAAUGUUGAAAACUGGCUUGGAGCUCUCUUGAAAUCAGCCCAGGAGUGUGUUCAUUUUGUCAUCAGAACUGCUAGUAUGGCUCUUCAGGACCCUAACUUCAAACUUGUAGAAUUCUUGUUCAACUAUCAAGCUCAAGUAGGUCUGCUUGGUCUCCAAAUGCUGUGGACCAAAGAAGCUGAAAUUGCGAUGAGUCAAGCUCGAAGCGACAAAAAGAUCAUGGCUGCUACUGAUCAGAAGUUUUUGGACAUGCUAAACCUGCUCAUUGAGGUCACUACACGUGAGCUAACAAAAAUGGAGAGAACAAAAUUCGAAACCCAUAUCACCAUUCACGUGCAUCAGCGUGAUAUCUUCCAUGAUCUCGUUGCAAUGCACGUCAAAUCUGUCAGCGAUUUCGAAUGGACCAAACAGAGUAGGUUCUACUUUGACGACGACAAUGACGUGUGCCAGAUCUCAAUCACCAAUGUCGAUUUCUCCUACCAGAACGAGUUCCUGGGUUGUACUGAUCGUCUUUGUAUCACCCCACUCACUGACAGGUGCUACAUUUCUAUCGCUCAAGCUCUGCACAUGAGUUUGGGAGCCGCCCCUGCUGGUCCAGCUGGAACAGGUAAAACUGAAUCCGUCAAAGACAUGGGAAGGUGUCUGGGUAAGUUUGUGGUUGUGUUCAACUGUUCCGAUCAGAUGGAUUUCCGUGGUCUUGGUCGUAUCUACAAGGGUCUCGCCCAAUCUGGAUGCUGGGGUUGCUUUGACGAGUUCAAUCGUGUCGAGCUUCCUGUACUUUCUGUGGCUGCUCAGCAGAUUGCUGUUGUCCUCAGUUGUAAGAAAGAACGUAAGAAGGAGUUCAUCUUCACUGAUGGUGAUGUGGUCAGUCUAGAUCCAGAGUUUGGUCUCUUCUUGACGAUGAACCCCGGUUACGCCGGACGACAGGAGUUGCCAGAAAAUCUGAAGAUUAACUUCAGGACAGUGGCUAUGAUGGUGCCAGAUCGUGAGAUCAUCAUGAGAGUAAAACUUGCGUCAGUAGGUUUCAUGACUAACGUGGUGCUGUCUGGUAAGUUCUUCACUCUCUACAAGCUCUGUGAGGAGCAGCUGUCAAAACAAGUCCAUUAUGAUUUCGGUCUAAGAAAUAUCUUGUCUGUGCUGAGGACUAUGGGAGCCUUCAUGAGAAGCAACAAAGAGAUGUCUGAAGACAGCAUCAUGAUGAAAGUUAUGAGAGACAUGAACUUGUCCAAACUGGUGGAUGAAGAUGAACCCUUGUUCUUGUCACUGAUUGACGAUCUGUUCCCAUCGCUUGUUCUGCCAACUGUCGGUUACCCGGAGCUGGAAGCAUGUAUUUCGGAAAGGGUCAGCGAGAUGGGACUCGUAAAUCAUCCUCCAUGGAUGCUCAAAGUUAUUCAGUUGUAUGAGACUCAGCGAGUACGGCAUGGUAUGAUGACACUAGGACCCUCUGGUGCAGGAAAGACCAGCUGUAUCUAUGCUCUCAUGAGAUCCAUGACUCAGAUGGGACAACCUCAUCGAGAAAUGAGAAUGAAUCCAAAAGCCAUCACUGCACCUCAGAUGUUCGGUAGAUUAGAUGUAUCGACCAACGAUUGGACAGAUGGAAUUUUCUCUACUCUUUGGAGAAAGACCUUAAAGAUGAAGAAAUCCGAGUAUGUUUGGCUCAUUCUUGAUGGUCCAGUAGAUGCUAUCUGGAUUGAAAAUCUGAACUCUGUAUUGGACGACAACAAGACACUGACACUUGCCAACGGUGAUCGAAUUCCCAUGUCACCAAACGCCAAAAUUAUCUUUGAAGUGCAUAACAUCGACAAUGCUUCUCCAGCGACUGUGUCCAGGAACGGUAUGGUGUUCAUGUCUGCCUCCGUAUUGAACUUUGCGCCGCUCACAGGAGCUUGGCUUAGUAGUCUUACUCCUAUGCAGUCUGACGUAUUCAAAAAUCUGAUAGAUCAUUGCUUUGAAGAGACAUACCAAUUCUAUGAGAUCGCACUAAAACCGAAGAUGGACAUCUUAGAGAGUAUUUUAGUCGCACAAUUCAUCAGCAUCAUCAAUGGAUUACUGCCUCCACAGGAUGCAGCGAAACAGCCGUCCAAUGCAAACAUGGAACGUCUUUAUGUGUUUGCUCUUAUGUGGAGUAUGGGUGCUAUCCUUGAAUUGGAAGACAGGGUUAAAUUCCAAAACUUCCUCGAAGAGAAGGGUGGCCUGAGCUUGCCCAAAUGCGAUGCAGCUACCGGCACCACAAUAUUUGAAUACUACGUUACAGAUGAUGGAGAAUGGGCUCAUUGGGAUGCCAAGGUCGAAGAGUACAUGUAUCCUCAAGAUAGUAUCCCAAGAUACGACUCUAUUCUUGUGCCUAAUGUUGAUAACACAUGCACUGAGUUCUUACUUGCAACCAUCGCCAAACAAAACAAAGGAGUGUUGCUGAUCGGUGAAAGUGGUACUGCCAAGACUGUCAUCAUCAAGGCAUACUGCGGUAAGUACGAUCCCGACGAACAUCUGUACAAAGCCAUGAACUUCUCAUCAGCCACAACUCCUGGUCUUUUCCAGAGUGCUGUAGAGAGCUACGUCGACAAGAGGAUGGGAAGCACAUACGGACCUCCAGCAGGAAAGAAGAUGACAGUGUUCAUUGAUGAUGUGAACAUGCCUGUCAUCAACGAGUGGGGUGAUCAGAUCACCAACGAGAUCGUCAGGCAGCUGAUGGAGAACAAAGGUUUUUACAAUCUGGAGAAGCCGGGUGACUACACGAGUAUUGCUGAUGUUCAGAUCAUGGCUGCUAUGAGUCACCCAGGUGGUGGUAGAAAUGACAUUCCUGAACGGCUCAAGCGACAGUUCUGUGUAUUUAAUUGUACACUUCCUUCUGAAAACAGUAUGGAUCUCAUUUUCAAUACUAUUGCUGCUGGCUACUUCUCUGAAGCGAGGAACUUCGUUCCCGAAGUUGGAGCUAUGACUAAAAAUCUUGUCCCCAUCACCAGGAUUUUAUGGCAAAGCGUAAAGAAGAAGCUGCUUCCAACCCCAGCCAAGUUCCAUUACAUCUUCAACUUGCGUGAUCUUAGUAGGAUCUGGAAAGGAAUUCUCAAAGUCACUGCUGAGGUUAUCGACACACAAGACAAAGUCUUGGCCUUGUGGUACGGUGAAGUGAACAGAGUAAUUGGUGACCGGUUUACCAACCAGAAAGAUUGUGAUUGGCUUCACAGCGCUUUGGUCGGAAUAGUUAACGAAGAACUCGGUACUGAAAUGGGUGAAAAACUCCAUAAGGACAUCUUCUUUGCAGAUUUCAUGAGAGAGCCACCAGAGCCAACUGGUGAAGAACCGGACGAUGCUGAAUUUGAGGCUCCAAAGAUUUACGAACAAGUUAAUGUCAAGACCGAACUACCAACCAAGCUAAAAUCGUACCAAGAAAUGUACAAUGAGACUGUGAGAGGUGCUGGUAUGGAUCUUGUGUUCUUCAAGGAUGCCGCCGUACAUCUUGCUCGUAUCUCCAGAAUUCUGUCCAUGCCCAUUGGACAUGCUAUGUUGGUGGGUGUAGGUGGUUCCGGUAAACAGUCUCUGACUAGACUGGCUUCUUUCAUCGCUGGAUAUGAAAUCUUCCAGAUUACUUUGUCCAGAACUUACAACGCUCAGAAUCUUCUAGAUGAUCUGAAAAUCUUGUACCGAUCAGCUGGUGUAAAGGGUAAGGGCGUCACCUUUAUCUUUACUGACAAUGAGAUUAAGGACGAAAACUUCCUUGAGUCGAUGAACAAUCUUAUCGCUUCCGGUGAGAUUUCAGGCAUGUUCCAGCGUGACGAAAUCGAUGAAAUUCUUGGUGAACUCGGACCAGUUAUGAAGAAAGAGAUGCCGAGACAUCCGCCUACAAAUGAAAACCUCUACGAAUACUUUAUAAACCGAGUCAAACAAAACCUUCACGUGGUACUAUGUUUCUCUCCAGUGGGCGAAAAGUUCAGAACCAGGUCACUCAAGUUCCCCGGUCUCUUCUCAGGUUGCACAAUGGAUUGGUUCAUGAGAUGGCCUAAAGAGGCUCUCGUGGAAGUCUCUAACCACUUCUUGAGCACAUACAAAAUGGAUACCCCAGAUGAUGUGAAACUAAGUAUCAUCCAGAGUAUGGGUGUAAUUCAGGAUGGGGUUGCUGAGACAUGUAUUGAAUACUUCAAUAGGUUCAGGAGACAGACUCAUGUCACUCCAAAAUCUUACCUUUCUUUCUUGGCCGGUUUUAAGAUUAUCUACACUGAGAAAUAUAGUGAAAUUAAAAUCUUGGCUUCAAGGAUGGAAACCGGUUUGGCAAAGUUGCUAGAAGCGAGUCAGAGUGUUGCAGAGCUUAGUGAAAUGUUGGUAGUGAAAGAAAAGGAUUUAGCAGUCGCCAGUAAAGAGGCUGACGUUGUGUUGCGAGAGGUGACGGUCUCCGCAACAGCUGCUGAAAAAGUAAAGGCUUCCGUUCAGAAAGUAAAGGACAAAGCUCAAGCUAUCGUCGACGAGAUUUCAAAGGACAAAUUGGUUGCUACAACGAAGUUAGCUGCUGCAGCGCCCGCCCUUAAAGAAGCAGAAAAAGCUCUUAGUACCAUCAAGGCGGGAGACAUCGCUACUGUCCGUAAACUCGGUAAACCACCUCAUUUGAUCAUGCGUAUUAUGGAUUCCGUGUUGCUUCUUUUCCAGAAGUCUAUAGCGAAGACCCAGAUGGAUCCAGAGAAGCCUGGAUUUAUCAUGACAAGUUGGGGUGAUGCCUUGAAGUUAAUGGGAGAUACUAAAUUCUUGAAUAACCUUCUAACAUUCCCAAAAGACACGAUCAAUGAUGAGGUGGUUGAGUUGCUUGAACCAUAUUUGGCCGCGGAUGAUUUCAACCUUGAAAGAGCUAAGGCUGUGUCUGGCAAUGUUGCUGGUCUUCUCAGUUGGUGUCGAGCUAUGUCCUUCUUCUUCAGUAUCAACAAGGAGGUGUUGCCCUUGAAGGCUAACUUGGCUGUCCAAGAAGGUAGAUUGCUGAUCGCUAAUACUGAUUUAGCUGAAGCGCAAGGUCAGUUGGAUGAGAAGCAAAAGGAAUUGGACGUGGUACAAGCGAAGUUCGAUGCUGCUGUGAAUCACAAGCAGAUGUUGAUGGACGACGCUGAGGCUACAAGACGAAAAAUGACCAAUGCCACUGCUCUUAUUGAGGGUCUGGCCGGUGAGAAAACUCGAUGGACUGAAGCUGGUUUACGUUUUAGUGACCAAAUCAAGCGACUUGUUGGAGAUGCUCUUCUGUGUACAGGUUUCUUGUCAUACUCUGGUCCAUUCAACCAAGAGUUCCGAGACAUCCUGGUUAAGAACUGGAAGACUAUGUGCAUGAGAAACAAGAUCCCCUUCUCAGAAGAUCUCGAUCUGACAAAGAUGUUGGUCGAUAAUGCAACGGCAGGCGAGUGGGUCCUGCAAGGCCUUCCAACUGAUAACCUCUCCGUUGAAAAUGGUAUUAUUGUAACGAAAGCGACUCGAUACCCACUUCUUAUUGAUCCUCAAGGUCAAGCUACGAUCUGGAUUAAAAAGAAGGAGGCUGAAAAUGAACUUACUGUCUCACAGAUGAACAACAAAUACUUCAGAACGCAUCUUGAAGACGCUCUUUCACUAGGUCGACCCUUCUUGCUGGAAGACGUCGGGGAGGAACUUGACCCUGCGCUGGAUAACGUUCUCGAAAAAAACUUCAUCAAACAGGGUUCAACCUUCAAGGUGAAAGUGGGUGACAAAGAAUGUGACGUGAUGAGCGGUUUCCGUAUGUACAUCACCACAAAGCUCCCCAAUCCCGUGUACACGCCUGAGAUCUCUGCCAGAACCAGUAUCAUUGACUUCACAGUCACACAAAAGGGUCUAGAAGAUCAGCUGUUGGGUCGUGUCAUCCUUACUGAAAAAGCUGAGCUGGAGAGCGAGAGAAACAAACUUAUGGAGGAAGUCAAUGCAAACAAAAAGCGAAUGCAGGAUCUCGAGGAUAACUUACUGAAGCGUCUUACCGAGACCCAGGGCUCACUGGUAGAGGACGAAGACUUGAUUGUUGUACUCCAAGUUACCAAGAAAACUGCCCAAGAUGUUAGUGAAAAGUUGAGCACUGCUGCCGAAACUGAGAUAAAGAUCAACACUGCAAGAGAGGAAUACCGUCCAGUGGCUACUCGGGGAAGUAUUCUAUAUUUCCUGAUUGUCAGUAUGUCCAUGGUAAACAACAUGUACCAGACAUCGCUCCGUCAGUUCCUCAUAGAGUUUGAUAUCAGUUUGGCAAGAUCCGACAAAUCUCCGAUCACUGCUAAACGUAUCAAGUUUAUCAUCCAAUACUUGACAUUUGCUAUCUUCAAGUACACCAUGAGAGGUCUCUACGAAGAGGAUAGGUUCCUGUUCACCAUGCUGCUUUCCCUGAACAUCGAUCUCAACAGUGGCCGACUCCGAGGAGAAGAGUUCCAAACCUUCUUCAAGGGUGGUGCCGCUCUUGAUCUGAACUCUGUAGAACCCAAACCCAAGAAGUGGAUCAUGGAUAUGACUUGGCUGAACUUGGUGCAAUUGAGCAAGCUCACGAGGUUUUCUCAAAUCCUCGGACAAGUCACCAGGAACGAUAAAGCAUGGAAGGCUUGGUUCGAUACUGAUGCUCCCGAAGAAAAUGACAUCCCAGACUACAAGUUCAAUGUUGAUGAGUCAUUCAGUAAACUAUUGCUGAUCAGAUCGUGGUGUCCAGAUCGUAUCAUCCCUCAGGCAAGACACUACGUCAACGCUAGUGUGGGUAAGAAGUUCACUGAAGCAGUUAUUCUCAACUAUCCUCUCUUGUAUGACGAGACUCACGCAAAAUGCCCACUGAUCUGUUUCCUGAGCAUGGGAUCAGAUCCCACUGAAAGCAUCAAGAACUUUGCCAAGAAGAAGAAGACUGAGUGCAGAGAUAUUUCUAUGGGACAAGGUCAGGAGGUACCGUCUAGAAGAAUUCUAGCUCAGAGUUUCGCGGAUGGUUGCUGGGUCUUACUUCAGAACUGCCAUCUGGGUCUAGGGUUCAUGGACGAGGUACUGGCAACUGUCCUAACCGCCGAAUCCAUCAAUCCUAACUUCAGACUAUGGAUGACAACAGAGCCUCAUCCUGAGUUCCCUAUAAACUUCUUACAGCACAGUAUCAAGUUUACCAAUGAGCCGCCUCAGGGUAUUAAAGCAGGUCUCUCCAGAACCUACAACAACAUGACUCAGGAGCAACUUGACAUUUCCAGUACAUUCCAAUGGAAGCCAAUGUUGUACGACCUUGCUUUCCUGCACACAACAGUCCAAGAAAGGAGAAAGUUCGGACCGCUAGGUUGGAACAUUCCAUACGAGUUUAACCAGUCUGAUCUGACCGCGAGUCUUCAGGUUGUCCAGACUCAUCUGGACGAUAUGGAUCCUAAGAGAGGUGUCUCGUGGGUUUGUAUUCGUUACAUGAUAGCAGAGGUUCAGUAUGGUGGUCGUGUCACUGAUGACUUCGACAAACACCUACUGAAUACUUACACCAGGACAUGGAUGGGCGAGAACAUCUUCAACAACAACUUCUGCUUCUACAAGGGCUACAAAAUCCCUAACUUUGCUAAAGUAGACGAGUAUCUCAACUACAUCAACGAAGAACUGCCCGAGGUGGACACACCAGAAGCCUUCGGUCUGCAUCCUAACGCGGACAUCACAUACCAGAGUAAUACAGCCAACACUGUCAUCGAGAAGAUCAUCAACAUCCAGCCCAAAGACGCAGGAACUGGAGGAGGUGAAACAAGGGAGGAGUUAGUCUACCGAUUAUCUGCAGAGAUGUUGGAGAAGGUUCCAGAGAACUUUGUCAGUCACGAAGUCAAGGCCAGACUCAUGAAAUACGGAGUAUUCCAGCCCAUGAACAUUUUCCUUAGACAAGAAAUCGAUCGUAUCCAGAAAGUCAUUACAGUUGUGAAACAAACUUUGAUAGAUUUGCAACUUGCUAUCGACGGUACAAUCAUUAUGAGCGAUUCUCUCAAAGACGCUUUGGACAACAUAUUCGAUGCUCGAGUCCCCAAGACCUGGUCCAAGAUAUCCUGGGACAGUUCUACUCUAGGUUUCUGGUUCACCGAAUUGCUGGACAGAGAUAUGCAGUUCAAGUCAUGGAUAUUCGAGUCCAGACCUAACGUGUUCUGGCUCACUGGAUUUUUCAAUCCUCAGGGUUUCCUGACUGCGAUGAGACAGGAGAUUACUCGUGCUCACAAGGGCUGGGCGCUGGAUGUGGUGCAGCUCUUCAACGAGAUGACAAAGAUGAACAAAGAGGACGUCUCCAGUUCACCCCAAGAUGGAGUGUACAUAUACGGGCUGUCACUGGAUGGUGCUGGUUGGGAUAAGAGGGGAAUGCGGCUUAUUGAACCUUCACCCAAAGUACUCUUCACACCACUCCCUGUGGUCCACAUGUUCGCUCUCAAUGAAAUGACCAAGGAACAGAAGGCUCAACGAGUGUACGAAUGUCCAGUCUACAAGAAGCCUCAGCGUACUGACCUGACCUACAUCACCAACAUGAGGUUGAAGACGAGCCAGAACCCCGAGUACUGGACCUUGAGGGGCGCUGCUCUGCUCUGUGACAUCAAAUAGAUCAGUCGUCACUCGAUCUGCAGCAUUUGAGCGACUAUACUCAGAGUUUUUUGUUUACUCGAAUGAUUUAUCAGAACUAGGUAAAGAUUGUACCAUUAUCAUUUAGUUCUUUUUGUUAGUGUUGGAAUUUGUGUUUGUGGAAAUGAACAAAAAGUACAUAUUUUGCUCAAGAUAAAAGAAAUUUAACGUUUAAACGUUUCUUCCUUUUAACAAGAUUUAUAUGGUUUGGGUGUGGUUGAACCUAACUUUUAAAUGUUGUCAACAUGGAAAAAUUCUCUGCAACAGGCCCAAAUCGAAAAGAAUGACAAUUCGAAAAAUAUGCUUUUAGCAGAGUAUUAUCCAGAUGUAUUUACUUUUAAAACGGUGUAUAUAUACACCACACAGUAUUUCACUUCCAGAACUUACUUUUUUUAAAGAUCUCUGGUUUUUCCUCGUGAUUAUUGAUUAUAUUAAUUAAAUGUCCUUUAAUUGUUGCAUCCUGAUUAUCCUUAAUUGCCCGUACUGAAAAAAGGAUGGUUCGGGCAUUUCUUUUGAUGUAAAUAUUAUCAUGCUUGUUUAGAUUUUUGCCAUAAA